UCAACUUGUGAUUGUUAACAGGAUCACCCCCACCUACAGUACCAGCACCUGCAGAUGCCACCUCACCAGCAGAUGGCCCAGCCACCACCUCACCAGCAGACGGCUCCGACACCACCACCCAGGAGCCUCCUCACAUUGGGAAGUCAAUUACAGAUCCGUCACAGUCAUCCAACAAAGUCGGGAUAGUGCUGGCUGCCGUGUUUGGAUCCAUGUUUGGCAUGGUCCUCAUCAUUAUCGUUGUGCUUGUAUACAGGAGACAGCGUCAAACAGGAAAUGGACUCAUCAGUGAACACAAGCCAACAAAUAUUAACAAUCUUGGCAGAGGUAACGGGCCCUCAGUUCUUCCAAGGAAGAAGGUGUAUUUGCUGUAUGCUGAGGACCACAAGGAUCAUCUGAAUGUCAUCACCAGUUUGGCUGUGUAUCUGAAGGACCAGUGUUACUGUGAUGUUUUCUAUUUACCCUGGUUCAAGGGUGCAUUCCAAGCCAUAGGCACCUACCAGUGGAUCAUAUCACACAUUGAUGAGGCAGACUACGUGAUUGUCAUCAGCUCAGAGGCAGCGUUCAAACUCCUGGAUGCGCGGAACACAAACACGUCUUUGAAGACAGAAGAUGAAGGUCCAGAGGGUGACAUCUUCUCCCCUGCCAUAACCCAUGUUAGGACGAAGUCCCUCGAGCCUGAUUUCUACAGGAAAACCAUCCUUGUACACUUUGACUACACCAGUGAGGAUUUUGUCUUGAAGGAAGUGAGUCCUGGUGUCCAUUAUAAGCUGCCCAAACAUUUCAAGGACUUAUUGUGUCACAUCCAUGAAGUUGAUGUCUUCGACCAUACUCGCGGACAUCCAGAGAUAGAUGCCAUGGAGAACCUACAAUCCAAUAGAAGUGGCCAGACUUUCCAGGAAGCCAUCACAAAAGCAAGACAUUUCCAGAAAUCUGAUCCACUGUGGUUUGAUAGGAGGUUCCGCCGACAAGAUUCAGCAUAUGAAUCAGAUCCUGAUGGUCACUUUGAUUCAGUCUCACUGACAGCAAGUCCUGGUAUCACUGGGAGAGAUCCUUUUAUUGACACUCAGCACCUGAGUGUUGGUGCUCACACAGACAGCGUUGUUACCUACAACACAGACUACAUCCGGGAACAUGGGCAGCUGAUUCCUCCAAGUGAAGUCCCCACUGACACACCAACAGAAAUUGUUAACAAACAGUUGGAACACAUCAACAACAUCACAACAUCAACCCGCUGCAGCAGAUGCCACUGGUUAUGAGUUCUAUCCCCAGGACAUGUUUGCUCCAAGUGCCAUACAGACAGACGUGGACAUAGAUGAAUGCUUUCUUGCCAUCAACAUGGGUGGACACGCAGGGGAUGAAGACCAGGAUAACUUUAACCUGCAGCCUAACAUCCCUAUUGACAAUGAUGAUCUUGUCAGUGGUAUUGAUGUCUGAAGGAUGCCAUUGUCAGGCUUUCUGUUGUCUUGACAAUUGAAGUCUCAACUGUUUCUGUGUUCAUAUUUCAAGUAUGUUAAACUCACAUGUUCAGUCAUGUUUUAAGUUGUACUAGUUGCACAUAUGUAGAAACUCAUUCAGUUAGACAAGUGUUGAAUCUCAUACUCAAUCAUGUUUGAUAGUUCCAUGACCAUGCCUUGAACUCUUCAAUCAUCAACCAUUAAUCAACUGACAUCAAUCAACUGAUUGGGUUCCUGACUGUUAGUGAAACACAUGCAUGGGGCCUGUAUAGGCGACAGUCUGUUUGAUAGGAGUUUUGUAAAUGAGGGCUAAAUGGAGCUAAGCUUAAGUUAUCUUGUGCUGGAGCUAGUGAAAUACAACUGAUUGACAUUGACAUUGACAUUGACAUUGACAUUGACAUUGAUUUUAGAGUAAUAACACUGAGCAGUGUUUGUUGAUUUUGGUUUUAUUGUUUGUGGACAAGAAUGAAGAAUGUCGUUUUGCUGGUCUAUAUUUGGGGGUUAUAUUCCUGAACCUCUAUAUCUUGUCAUGGACACUUCUUCACAGCUAACCAGUAGUCGUAAGUCAUCACUAUGUUUUCAGCAGCUAUUGUUGAUACUUGUUAAUCAUAUCAGUAAAUGCUUUUCGCUUUGGUGCUACAGUUUCAUCAGACACUAAAUUACGUACCUGUUUUUUUAAAGGAUUUGAUAUUGUUUGAGUAGAGAUUCAUCAUUAAGUCAGAGGAAGAAUCACCCAUUCAGUAGUGGCCAAAGAGCUUCCAUAUUAAACUGUAGCAUUAUAUUCAGGAUGUGGUAAUACUCGUCCACUGCCUCAUGAAGAGUUUAAUAGUGUCCAGUAGUUUAAAUUUUUCAAAUAUUUAAUCAAAUCAAAAUAUACCUCAAACCACUCUAGUACUUAGAGAUGUCUCUAAACAUACCGGUGAUGUUCUUUUGUUUGAAGUCAAGUUUGGAAUACCUAGAUAUUCCACAGAUGGGGCACAGCUUGGAAAGUCUUGACAAAUAAAAUCGAUAUUCAAAGUAUAUUUAUACAAAUUCAAGAAGUCACAACAAACUGUAUAUUGGCACUGAGUUCUUAUAUUAUAGACUUGUCCUAUGUACUUUCAUCCAGGUAAAUGUUUUGAAACCACAGUUAAAGGCAAAUAUCUUGCCAUUGUAUUUACACAAAAGAAUUCCAUGAAAUUGUGGCAGAAUUUUAUAAGCUUUACUCUGAUCGUAUAUUCGAUGUAUGUUUGAUAUAUAUUUGUUACCUAGACUGAAAUCACAAUGAUUGAGAGUUGUUUAGAAUGACAUGUAUAUAAAUCAUGAAGUUGUCCUGUUUUCACUGUGUUGUACAGUCAUGUUAUGGCCUAGGAGGGCUACAGUUGUUGACAUAAUACUAAGCAUUAUUUGAUAUUAACCUGCAUAUUACCUUUGCUUGAUGUUUUUGUACAGUUACCUUGGUAAUUUUUGCACACCUUGACUCAAUACGAGCAUGUCAAGCAUCCUCUACUGCAGCGUUGACAGACAUCAUUUGAUGUUGACAGUUGUUUAGGUACACAAGCACCAGCAGCUGUAUAAAGUGGACAGAUGGACUAUCUUGUCUCAGAAACAAAAUUUUGUAACAUACCGUAUUUGUUUCGACACAUGCUCUUUGAUGACAUUUUGUGUCGUCAGAUGAAUGGCUUUCAUUUUUCUUCAAGGGAAUGUGAGGAUGAUCUGAGUACAUAUCAAUAAUACAUUUUCAAAUAUGAUUCUGUGACUUACAGCACCAUACCUUAACCAUGUAAGCAAAUUUAUACUGGCAUUAAACUAAUACUACCGUUUCUAUUGUGACAAAUGCAGUUUCACUUAUUGUUUGAUCGGCAUUCUAAAAGUUGGUGAGUCAAAAAUGAGGCAUACAACUUUUGGGAUGAUGACACCCUCUUGUGUAUAUUGAGAGACUUUUCGAAGUAGAUUCUUACACCGUUAUUCAGUUUGACCUACAUACCUAAGGGUCCAUAGGACCCCAAUAAGUGCAUUUAAAGGGUCCUCACAGGAAGUAUGAGGUUCUUGUAAAGUGUUGAAAUGGUAAUAUACUGAAUUGCAAGAUGACAUACUUCAGUUAGAGGAACUUAAUGUUUCUCGUCAAGAAUUUGAAUGAUUGAAUAUUGUACACCCCUCGGAAUGCAAUAUUAUUUGUUUUCCUCAUCCUCUCUGUCAGUGUGUGUAUACUGGAUGCAUGAAGUUGCUGUGUUUCAUAAAACUCUGGAGAUUCAUAUGUACAACACAACAUGUAUCUGUCCAAAGAUGGUUAGACUCUAUGACACUGCGUUAUUAGAUGAGUCAUUUGAAGAUACACAUCUUGAACAAGUCAGAGGUUACUUGAGAAAAACACAUGUGAACUAUGUUCAGUAGGUUACACGAAAAUUUCUUUUGUGUAUAAUCCCAUGAGAUAUGGGGACAUGAGUGUCUUGGUUUGGUAACAUUUUCAAGUUGGUAGUAAUAAGACACACAGGAUUUCCAAUGAUAAAGGGCACGUUAUAUAAAAUACUUGGCCUAAUUUUUUUACGCUCUCUUAGCGAUAAGAUUGUCGUAAGUGCCAUACAUUAACACAAACUUACAACUAUCUUAGCGUUAAGAGAAAUUCGAAAAUCUAGGCCCUGGAUUUGGAAUUCCUUUCUCUGUCUGAGUUUGAGGGACAUUGAUUCUGAUGACAAUCUGCUACCGUUUGUGAUAACUGAUAGGUUAAAAUAAGAUCAGAUGUGAUGUGGGACAUGGAAGGUAAGGUUAUUUUUUAACCCCUGUUGAUGGUGAAAACUCUCCAAAUGAUGGUGUGGCCCAGUCUUCCAAGCUACCACAAUUUGCUGUGCAGAGUUAUGCCCCUUGUGGUGCCAGAAUCCUAUGGAUUUAGAUCCACAUCGCAGUGUGACCUAAUUAUAUUAUAUGGUUGGUCAGCACCAUACCCACACUCAUGUGUGUUACAUUGAACUCACCAUAAUCUUACCUGGAAUAAUGUUUAAAGUGGUAUUAAACCCAAAGCCUGUUCCUUGUUCUCAACAUCAUACACUUGGUCUUGGGCUUCACCAACAUAUCGGACCUGUGCUCCCAUAUCGAGCUGACACAAUGUGACCACAGCAGUACCAAAUUGACCACUCAUCAUUUUUUUUUGUAGCAUUGUUGCAGCAGUGUACUGAGCAGGACCAGGCAAUGGGUUGGUUUCCACCAGUGACAAUCACUCUUUACCUCGAUUUCAUCUGAUUUUGAUAAUAUUUAGUACUUCACUUUCGUAAGUGGGUGAUAGUGGCAAUUGUUUUAUAUACUGACUCGUCUAAAUAUAUUUUUGUAAUGAUGUCACAGCAAUAGUUUAAGAAAAUCAGUUGAACAUUUUAUGUUUGUGUUGAUUGUCUUGUCACCAAUUGCCCUUUCAUUCAUGAGAAAUGUAUAGAAAAGGUCAUGACUGAAUUUACAUGUCGGCCAUCAUACUUGUCUUAUUGGGGAUUUUCAUUUGGAAACUAAAACCCAAGCAAAACACUUUGUCUUGCCACAAUUGGGCAUGUUGCUCUAGAAGUUUCAUUGACUCUCCAUAAGACCUUUAAUAUAUAUUCAUUGGAGUGCAAUACCUUGUGUCUGAGUUAGGGAGCAAUCUGUUGCAUCACUUCUUGUUGCAGUGUCACACUUUUUGAUGAAUAUAUAUUAUUAUUUUUUGUGUUGAUACAGUUUUACUGAAUCAGUGUUUACAUUUGGACAUUGAAACACCUGAAACUCACUGGCCAUAUGUUUUUCAGUAUGACCUGGUGUGGUCCAAGAUCCAUUGUCAAAUAUGCAAAUGUGAUAACUAAAUAUCUAAUUAUGAUGCACUUAUGAAUUGCAUAUGCUUUUUCAUUUAAUUUGUCCAAUUUUACAUCAAAUACCUGCACAGACUCAUCAAGAUGCCUUAAUUGUAAAAAGAACAUUAUUUGCUUCCUUCAUACUAAAAAGUAUACUCAAAUAAAACUUCUAUGACUAUGA